GUAUUUUUUGAUAUUGAUGGUUAUAAGCAAUUUAAUAAGGAGGAACAUAUCAGAACAUCUUAGUUGAGGUAUUUUUUGAUAUUGAUGGUUAUAAUCCAUGGGCGUUAAAGUGAAUACAGGUUUUGACAAUGCUUGUUUGUUUUUUUAUGGUAACUUCUUCUUGAUAAUUGGAUUUCUAUCAAACCAUCUCAGAUCUGAAGCCUGCACAACUUUUAUCCAUUGAAGAAGCCCAAAUGCAUACCCAUCCGUUUUGUGACCUCAACUACAGUGGUUACACUCAACCCCUCACGUAACUAUAGCAGCCAUGGAGCUGGGAUAGCGCAUUGCAACUGUCCCAUCGGAGGCUUGUUCGGUUUUGUGCAAAUAUAGUGACAGUCGUGAAAAUAAGAACUUUAAUUUCGUACUGUUUAACAGUAAAUCAACAGACUUUAAAAACUGCAGAAAGCUUGGUUUUUGUGCUUAAGUAAUUUCUUGUAGAUCUUCUUGAACCGGAUUUGAAAAUCGGUAAAUACUGUGACGUUUGUUUGAAAGAGUGAAGUUUUUGUAUAAACAUUCAAAAGCAAUUUUGUUUUUCUUUUGGCAGUUUUGUGUAAAAGGUUGCACAGCAUUAGAUUCAUCACCCCAUUGUCAACAACUGUUAGUUGCAGCAAAUUUGUCUUUGAAGACAAAGUGAUUGAUAGUAUUUGAUUGUGGAAGAAGUUUUAUGAAGUGGCCUAAGACAAGAUCCACAAAACUGUGCACACUUACCCAAAGAACAAACAUCUGUGAUAUGUCAUUAUUUAUUUGCUCAAUCUGACAGUGGCGUGAAUAGGCAAGAGGCAAAUAUUUGCCAAUGCCUAUAUCUCUCUGUUGUGAAUAACACAGUCAUCAUUUUUGUGUGACUUCAGCAGACAGACCAGAACUCUUAACGGGGGAUAAGCCCUUAAACUUGGUUCUUCUUGUCAGCCUGAGUCAAUUUUCUUGGAAGUGAACUAUGUCCAGUAGAAGAAAAAGAGACUUCGAUGUGAUUGAUAAUGAUGCAACAAUUGAUGAAAAAACUGUAUCUGAUCUUCAUUCAACUGGUAACCAUGAGGAUUACACUGAUGAGCCCCUGCCCCGCAGCCCUAGCGCAGAGUCAGACAUGUCUGCUGGGGGCACUCCGUACGAUCAGCCUGGCUCCCAGGUGCGCAAGGCCAGCAUUGCAGUGGGUCCGUCAGAGAGCGGACUGUCGUUCACUCUGGACAUGGAUCCAGUCCAGACUCUGGAACACUCCAGCAGUCUACAUGAGGACAUUGAAAAAUUGUUCGAACAAUCACCAGGUAUUUCGCUGACAGCUUUAAUUGCCAGCAAUGCGGAAUGCCUUCCCUGGGAACGCUCCAGCUUGGAGGUUCCAGUCCCUGCAAGUGAGAGGUGUCUGGAGGAAUAUGAUAUCACAAGUCACCGUAGGUCAUCAUUUCCGCACAUCCACGUUCCCCUUAAGUCCCUUCACAACCAUUCUGUGAAGAGUCUUGCAUCUACUGCGAUGGGGGAACCCAAAGGACUCAAAAGGAAGAAAAAGAAGAAGAGCAAGAACAAAACACCUCGGAAAUCCAAGUCACUGAUCUUCCCCUCUAGAUGUGCCUCCAUUUCUGCCUCCAUUCCAGAGGUAGAGAAGGAAGAGUAUUCGGAAUCAGAUGACUCAAGGUCCAGCUACGAAUCAGAAAAUGAUGGAGAUGAAAAUGAUAACGAUGAAUAUGAUGAUGAAAAUGAAGAAGGGGAGGGGGAGGAAGAGGAUGAAUCAUCUCAUCUUCUGGGAAAUGCUGAGAGAGAACACGUUGUGGAUUACGAGGCUGAACUUGAUAAAUUAGAGAAAAACAAUGAAUUGUACAUCUCUGAGACGGAUCUAUCCAGAACAGAAGAUCUGGUUGUGCCAAAUGGGCAUGGCUCUCAACCAAUAGAAAGCGAUGUUGCACCGGCAAGUAAUGAGCCAAUAGCAGUGCCUGUUACAGAGAGGCCAGCCGAUGGAGGGUCAUUUGAUAACAGUCAUCUGAGGUUGCCAUGGACAAUAGGGGAUGCAGACAGCAACAAAUCAGACCCAAGUAUUGCACCGGGGCUAUUUUACAUUGGCUCUGAAAUUAAGGACGUCCCGAGCCCAGCUAUGUCUGCUGCCUCCUCCGUGGGCCUCUUUCCUGGCAUUGACGUGAAUGCACCCAUAGUUGUCGUCCUGAACAACGACAGUCGGCCACUCGUGUCAACGUCGAUAAGGGAGGCCAUCCCACAGGCCCACAACAUGUCAUUCCUUCAGCAGCAGGCGGGAAACAAAGUGAAAUUCCUGUUAGAUGUUCCCAAUUUACGAGGAAGUUUCAGCUCUCAGAUGACCAAUGGGUGCGAAGAGAUGGAGGGCAGUGAUAUUCAGGACGUGCAAAACAAGUUCCACAACAGCAGCAGCGACAGCAACAACAGCGACGAUGAUGAAGAUGGUGACGAUGACGUUCGACGCCAUCUCCUGAAACAGCACUCGGUUGGAAGCUACCCGGAGGAAGAUUUCUCUGGGCCGGAGACAAGUGCCCAUGACUCGCAUCUCUACCCGCACACGACAGGGGCCGGUCAGCAUGGAUCACCGCACAUCCAGAGGUCAAGGUCGAAGCAUCGUCAUCGCCACCAUGAGAACUACCUCAGUCAGGACCUGCAGAGACGUCGUACUCGUGGUAGCGAGGUGCAGAUGUCCGACGCACUCAGUCGCGUUCCCACGGUAACAGAGCUCGAUGAGGCGGCUACACUCCAGUCUGCUGACCUGGAUGAUAUGGCCAGUCACAGAAUGGACGACCUCCAGGGUAUACGCAAGCACAAGAUUGGUCGCAAGAAGCACAAGACAUCGGGCAGCAUAAAGGUGUACGGAGGGAAGUCAGACAAGCCUCGCAGGAAAUACCACCAGCCUAAGAAGAAGUUUGAUCACACGCCACACGAGGUGUUUGUGGAGCUAGAUGAGCUGUUUGUGCAGGACAACCAUGAGAUAGAGUGGCGGGAAAAGGCUCGCUGGAUCAAGUUUGAGGAGGACGUAGAGGAGGGGGCAGAACGCUGGGGUAAACCUCACGUGGCCUCUCUGUCCUUCCACAGCCUGCUGGAGCUACGCAAAGGGCUUGAGAGUGGAACUCUAUUGCUUGACCUUGAAGCCACGGACCUGAUUGGCAUUGCUCAUAGAAUUGUAGAGGACAUGGUCAUCCAUGACCAGAUAACAACAGACUGCAAAGGUCAAGUCAUGAGGACUAUCCUGACCAAGCAUAAAUUCGUUUCAUCGGAUACUACAGUAAAAUCGCUGUUGACGCGCCAAAAAUCCUCCAUGGAUUUGUUGGCGAUGGAUGAAAGGCAUCAAAAAGAGUCGUCACUCAUGAAGACACUGUCUCACAUAAGUUUGUCACACAUCCCCUCGUCAUCCAACCUUCAACAUCAGGCCUCCCAGAACCACCUUAAUGGCAACGGCAACCACCUGAAUGGCAACAACCAUAGCAACCACCUAACGGUUCCCGGCAGCUCUAGCAACCAUCAAACGUCUCACAGAAGCUCCAGCCCCCAUGCAGGAAGUGGUAUAGCUGGUUCCCUGCAGAGUUUGCUAAAUAUAGGAAGAAAGAAAAAGGACAAGGAGGGCAAGCAGAAAGAGUCUGGGACAACCGGGGGCCCGGGACGUCUGGAGAUGGUGAAAGUGGAUGUGGAUAAUAACAUUGCAUCAGAAGACGGUGGCCUUCACAUUGCUGUGGUCCCCAAGGAAGAAGACAGGGAACACCACAAGAUGAGCCUGAUGAGGCGUAUACCCCGUGAUGCCGAGGCCUGCACCGUACUGGUGGGCUGUGUAGACUACCUCAGCAAACCUGCCAUGGCGUUUGUGAGGCUCGCUGAAAAACAGAUUCUGGACAACCUGACUGAAGUACCCCUCCCUGUGCGGUUCCUGUUUGUUCUGCUUGGACCGAAGACAAAGGUGAUGGACUAUCAUGAGGUGGGCCGGUCCAUCUCCUCACUCAUGUCCAACCAGCACUUCCAUGAGGUGGCCUAUAAAGCUGAGACAAGGUCCGAAAUUCUACACGCCAUCAACGAAUUCCUCAACGAAUCUAUCGUUCUUCCACCGGGAGAUUGGGACCAGAAGACGCUUCUGCCAGUCAUGGAUAUGGCACGGAAACGAGCAAAAAUACGGAGAAAAAAGCAGAAGAAGAAGGAAGAACUGCAAAAACUACUUGAAAUGGAGACCAAAGACAAGAUCCCUAUGGACCCGUUGAAGCGUACGGGGCGUCCCUUUGGUGGGCUAAUCAAUGACAUGCGACGAAGGUACCCGCACUACAUCAGUGACUUCAAGGACGCGUUGAGCCUCCAGUGUGUCACGGCCUUGACCUUCAUAUUCUUUGCCUGCCUCUGCCCUUGUAUUGCCUUUGGGGGUUUGUACGGUGAGAAGACUUACUCAGAGAUCGGUGUUGUGGAGACCAUUGUUGCCACGGCUACCACCAACAUGGUGUUUGCGGUGUUUUCCGGACAGCCCUUGAUCCUCUAUGGUGCCACUGGCCCAGUGUUGCUCUUUGAGAAACACCUUUGGAUGUUCUGUAAGGAAUACGGCAUAGAAUUCCUGACCUGGCGUGUAUGGAUUGGCAUAUGGGUGUUCAUAAUCACAGCCAUCGUCAUCGCAGCAGAGGGCAGCUUCAUCGUGAAGUACAUCACGCGAUUCACCGAAGAAGUGUUCGCCAUUCUUAUUUCUCUAAUCUUCAUCAACGAAGUGAUACAGAAAAUAAUUCAGGUAUACAAAGAUCACCCUCUGAGAGGCAAAGAGUUCUACUGUAACAACCUAAACUCGAAUCACUCAGAGGACCUCGAAAACAUCACCAACCUCAUAGCCAACAUAUCAACCAGCACAUUCGUACCGACGCCAUACCGAUCUGAUGAUGUCAUGUUAGGGUUAAACUCCACUCUGAGCUCACAUUCCACUCACAGCACGGUGCAUGGGACGUCCCAUUACAGUGAGAAGGCAAACUUCAACGAGCCCAACACGGCCCUGCUGUCGACCAUUCUCAUAUUGGGAACGUUCUUUAUUGCAUACUUUCUCAGGAUUUUUAGGAAUAGCAGAUUUCUUGGACGAAGUGCCCGGAGAGCCCUUGGCGAUUUUGGAAUCUUUCUGGCAAUUAUUUUGAUGGUCCUCUUUGACUAUAUCUGUGCAGACACAUACACUCAGAAACUUGCAAUGCCAACAGAGAUAACCACCCAUACAGGGGGCCAGUCAAAUUGGUUUGUGAACCCGAUGGGAGUGAAGGAGCCCAUGAAAAUCGUGCUGAUGAUAUCUGCCGUGAUUCCAGCCUUCCUGAUCUUCCUACUGCUCUUCCUAGAGCUGCAGCUUACUCAGAUGUUGCUUCACAAAAACACCUUCAUGCUAAAGAAAGGCACUGGCUUCCAUUUGGACCAAUUUCUCUUGGGCCUCAUUAUUCUCUUUUGCUCCUUAUUCGGCCUCCCCUGGAUGUGUCCGGCGACUGUACGCUCGGUCGCUCAUGUGUCGUCGCUAGCGGUGAUGAGUCAGACACAUGCGCCCGGUGAAAAACCAAAACUGUUGGAAGUCAGGGAUCAGCGUGUCACUAACAUUGUGAUGAAUAUCUUAAUCGGUUCCACAUUAUUUUGGGGGGACGUCCUACGUCGUGUGCCCAUUGCGGUGCUCUUUGGUGUAUUGCUGUAUCUCGGUGUGUCUGCUAUCAGCGGAGUUCAGUUCUAUAAGAGAAUCAAGCUGCUGUUCAUGCCAGUCAAGCAUCAUCCAGGGAAGAGCUAUGUCCGGCAGGUGAAGACUGUGAAGAUGCACGUGUUUACUGGCAUACAGCUGGUGCUUGUGGGGAUACUGUGGGCUGUUAAGUCCACGGUGGUUGCCAUAGCGUUCCCACUGUUCGUGUUUCUCAUGGUGCCCCUGCGUCUGCUUCUCAUGCCCAAAUACUUCACUCAUGAGGAGCUUGAAGCGUUGGACAAAGAGGAGGAAGAUUCUGAUGACGAGGAAGACGCAGAUCCAGAUUUCUACCAGCUCGCUCACAUGCCCGUAUAGUUCACAGUGGGGCCAUACGUGUUCUCUACUACAAUAUGUCCUCAAGAUUUCUACCAGCUCCCACACAAUCCCCUAUGGUUGCCCUAUCUGUUUUUGCACAUCAAAUCUUUGUGGCUUGAAGAUUUUAAUCAGCUUGCACACAUGUUUGUAUAGUCAACAGUGGUGCCAUAUAAGUUCUGACACUAAAAUCAGACUUUGGGGCUUCCAAGAUAUAUACCAGUGUGUUACAUAUUAGUAUAUACCAGUGUGUACACAUAUUAGUAUAUACCAGUGUGUACACAUAUUAGUAUAUUCCAGUGUGUACACAUAUUAGUAUAUUCCAGUGUGUACACAUAUUAGUAUAUACCAGUGUGUACACAUAUUAGUAUAUACCAGUGUGUACACAUAUUAGUAUAUACCAGUGUGUACACAUAUUAGUAUAUACCAGUGUGUACACAUAUUAGUAUAUACCAGUGUGUACACAUAUUAGUAUAUACCAGUGUGUACACAUAUUAGUAUAUACCAGUGUGUACACAUAUUAGUAUAUACCAGUGUGUACACAUAUUAGUAUAUACCAGUGUGUACACAUAUUAG